AAGAUAAUUUUGCUACAGAAGGCACGGUUCUUCUUUUUGUACCACGGAAGAAAGUGGUUAGUCAGAAACUCUACAUACUUUGCAGAGGUAAUUUUCACACCGUCAGGGACCCUUAAGGGACCUACCAGCUCACUCCCCAUGAUUCCAGCCCAAAACAUGAUCCUGCCACCUCCUUGCUGACUUUGCGGCCUUGUUGGGACAUGGUGGCAUCCAGGGUUGCACGGCACUCAUCAGUAAACAACACGGUUUGAAAAUUAGUCUUCAUGUAUUUCUGAGACCGCUGUAACCGUUUCUGCUUGUGAGCAUUGUUUAGGGGUGGCCGAAUAAUAGGUUUAUGCACACUUGCAAACCUCUGGAGGAUCCUACACCUUGUGGUUCGCGGGACUCCAGAGGCACCAGCGGCUUCAAAUACCUGUUUGCUGCUUUUCAAUGGCAUUUUAGCAGCUGCUCUCCUAAUCCUACGAAUUUGUCUGGCAGAAACCUUCCUCAUUAUGCCUUUAUCUGCACAAACCCGUCUGUGCUCUGAAUCAGCCACAAAUCUCUUCACAGUACGAUGAUCAUGCUUAAGUUUUCUUGAAAUAUCCAAUGUUUUCAUACCUUGUCCAAGGUAUUGCACUAUUUCACACUUUUCGGCAGCAGAGAGCUCCUUUUUCUUUCCCAUAUUGCUUGAAACCUGUGGCCUGCUUACUAAUGUGGAAUAUCCUUCUUAAGUAGUUUUCCUUUGAUUGGGCUCACCUGGCAAACUAAUUAUCACAGGUGACUGAGAUUGACUUCAAUGAUCCAAAAAGCCCUGAGACACAAUACCAUCCAUGAGUUUAAUUGAAAAACUAAAAAUUAAAUGUUUAUGACACUUAAAUCCAAUGUGCAUAAUAAUUUGGAAUGCGAUGUAUGAAUUAGAGUUAUUAGGCUACAUAAUCAUUGAUGGAUAAUUUUUUUAAUAAUACAGAUUAGUCAUUUAUAAGCUUUCUUCUUGCUCUGUACAUAGAGGACAUUUUACAUUCAGUUGUAUUAUCUUUAAAGUAUGUAUCAGAUGAACUUUAAAGUUUGCAGCAGGAUUUCAACUGUUGUUUUAUCACAACCUACAUGAUCCAUGUCAUGACACUACAUCAAACAAAAAAUAUAACAUGUUUUCAUGUAGCGCAUAAACAACAUUACCUAUCUUAUCUAUAACAAAAUUUUGGAUAAAUUGUACAACAAAUGGUAGAGUAUUUGAGUCAAGUUUUCCCCCCUCAUCUCUCAGACUUUCUCCAAGUAACAGGCUCAAUAGUCAUCACACAGUUUCAUUUUACACGCUUGUUGCAUUUCCUUUAUUCAUACUGACGAGGCAGAGCAGGCAACUGCACUUCUGAGGCUCUAUCUCUACAGGGGCCCGAAAUGCUCACUCAGCACCUGGUCUGUGCCAGUUUAAUCAAAACCUGUUUGGGAGUAUGCACCAGAAUACACAACAUAACAAAUCUCUAAACUCAAUUCUGUGCUUAAAUGUAUAUAAUCUUUAAUUAAUGUAUUUAAUAACCACACAACACUUUGGGAGCGAGGACAGUGGUAGAAUAGAAAAAACUCUACACAUUUCCUUGAGAGUGGGAGAAAUAAGGGGUUAAGAGGGGCCCAGAAGCCAAUUUUACUUCCCUGUCCUCCAUAGAUGCCCUUUUCCAAGACCACGCCACGUUUUGGGGGAAAGAAUCGUGCUUUCACUUAACGAGAUCAACAGAAAAAUGCCCCAAAAGCUGUUGUGUAGCAGGUUGUAAAACAAAUAAAGAUACCAAUCCAGAACCCAUCAUUCCUGGAAGGAAAGGGAUCCCAAAGGGAGAGCUGUUACAGCGUAUCAGCCUCCAGAGAAUGGUAACUCUUUAUGUUGGCAGCAGUGGACUAAAUUCCUUUUUGAUGACAAUUAAUAUGAACUCGCUUCUGUCGUUUCAGUGAGGCUGAAUAAGAAACUAGAAACAACUGUAAUAAUAACCAAGGCUUUCACGCUGAGAUUUGAGAUACGUAAGAUACAUUUUCACUGUCAGUGUGGUAAAUAGCUAAAUGAUACUGAUGGCAGUGUCUGCUGUUGGAUAGCUGGCUGGAGUACAGUCAUACACUGUAGCAUCAGUAAACGUCACUGUGGCUGCUACUUAAUCUCUGCUGACAGAUCAACCUCAAUUCAUUAAGUUCAUUGACUUAUUUAGAAUGUUUUCUACUCUCCAAAAGGGGUGGUCAUGAUGUUUUGUAAAGAAUGUGCCCGGUCUUAUUUAUAGUUAAUUUGGCCUUGCUAAGCCAUGGCUCAACUGUGUAAUAACACCAUCCCAUGAUGCACACUGGCCUAAAAAUACUUUUCCCCAUAUGAUUACAUUAUGAAAGAAGCAGCUGUAAACUGGUGGGUACGUAUUUUGAGUGUUAUAACCCCUGUGAAAAUGUUUGUUUCAGUAUCAGAACUGUAUCCAUUCAGUCCAAUAACACUCGGAAAUCAGGAAAACCGACUUGAUUAAAUAAUUGUAUCCCCAUUUAAGUUAGCCCAACCAGAGUCUUCAGUGUGCUUGCUCUAUGGGCCACAUGAUUUACCAGGAAGUCACACUUUUUUUUUGACUUCAUACGCUACUGAGCGGCUUUCAUAAGAAUGAACAGAGCCCGCCUCCAUGGGCCAUACCUACAGAUAAACUGACGAACAUCUGUUUUGAAGAGAUGUGUUCAUAUACGGCACAUCCCACCUCUUCAUCCUGCUGCAGCAGCACAUGAAGCCCAUGACAAUUUGAUUUACAACAAACAGGGUUGAAUGUCGACCUUUUGAAAAGAACGCCUGCUAUUGUAUAUCCUCAAGUGUUUUGACAGCAGUAGAUACGCACAUUUCCGACUGCCCUUGAAUGCAGCAGAGGUUGGAGCACACACUCUGCACACAGAGCUGCACUGAAGUAGACCUGCAUUCACAUAGUAGAUGCCUGUGACACUCCGGACUGGCCAAGCUUUGAGAGAAGAUUUGUAAGCCUGACCUGAAACCUGAACAGGUCCCAGACUUGUGAAGCUGUCAGAGGGAAAUUUCACAGGACAGGAUCUAUCAUGACUGCAAGGAUCCAGGGAGCCACGGGCAAAGACAAACCAGUGCCAAAGAGCAGAGCAACAGAGAUGGUGGUAAGGGUCAGGAGAGCGCUGUGGCUCGUACUGGGAAUGCUCAGUCUGUCCCUGCUGCUGGUGCUGCUGGGAGUCUACACCACAACCCGGACAGAGAGCCUGAAUGUGUCUGGCUACACCUCUGGGGUGAUUCUCACCCUCGGAUCGUUCCUGGGACUUUUGGGACUCUGCCUGAAAGAAAACCGCAAACAGCUGCUGACGGCUGCGAUUAUAUUCCUCAGCUUUGGAAUCAUCUCGUCUUUUGUUUGCCUACUGAUUGAUGGCGUCUGUAUUGUCUUUAACAUGGAUGUGCGUCCACUGGAAGCAGGUAGAUGUCAGUAUUACAGCAGCGGCAGCGGCUACAUCUAUGAGAAUUUCUACACCACUGUGUCGUGUUGGAAUCCACAGGAGUCUUGUAACAUGACAGUACGAAGUGGGACCUGCUACUGCUGCGACCUGUACGACUGCGCCAAUGGAGGCUACCUCAGCAACUACUAUGAGUUUGUUGGAGUACGAAGCUGUGAGGAAGUUUUCACUCUGUACAUUCUGAUUUGGACGCUCACUGGCCUGAACCUCAUGGCGUUCUUCACGGGCAUCCUUACCACAGCGGUGCUGGGCAGCAUCAAGGACUUGAGGAGUAACAGCCCUGUGACCGAGGCCUCUGAGAGCACAGCAUCUUCCCCUACAGCUCCUCUGCUGAUGAAUGCCAACACACACAUAGUUCACCAGCUCCACCCAGAAGCCUCGAUGUAUUUCCCCCCAGCAGGAACGACAGCUGCCACACAGAGUUUUUCUUAAUCAUCAAAUCCCCACAUUAAGUCCAACCCUCCUCCGUUCGCCCCGCUGACCAGCCUGCUGCCUCACUGAGACCACAGCCUCUCUGCCUGAGCACAACCAGGUGCUUAUGAGGAACUAUAGGUUUCCCCAGAAAAUGACCAAAAUGCAAAUGUAGAAAGAACAAAAAGAGAUACAACCUUUCUCUCUCGCUCUCUCUCUCUCUCUCUUUCCUUCCUGACAUUUUCGAUAACUGUGCCUCAUGCACUGCAUUAUGUACUUUUGCUGCCUCAUUUUCUCCUUCCCCUCUUUGCUGUGUAAACACGGCUAACAGAUGCUUUAUUGUUGUUGAUGUUGUGAGGACGGGAGGACGUACAACAGGUACAACUAAAAGAAAAAUAUGCUGGUCUGAAUAUUAAGCAGAAAUAUAAACAUUUUGUUUUGUAAAAAUCCAUCAAAUGGACACAGGAAGUUUCAUGGAAAGUACUUCCUGCUACAUUUACUAUAACAUGUUUUACUGUAUCGAAAACAUAAAGGUCUUAAGUUGUAAAAUGUUUGUAAAUAAAACGUUUUGUAAUAUAAAAAGGUCAACUGCAUGUAUAGGGCGCAUAGGCUACAACUCAAACAUUCAUAAACAUCAGUGAAAUCAUACACAAGAGUUAAAACCUGAACAUACACAACAUGUAUCAUUUAAAAUAUCAUUGGCUGAUUUUGAAUAAAAGAAUAACUCGAUUA